AUGAAGGGACAAGUCUGCAAGACAUCAGGCGGCGGGCGCCAGGGCUUCUCCGGCCGAUCCGCCAUGGUCUCCGGCAGCAGCAGGAUGAGCUGUGUGGCCCGCUCUGGGGGGGCCAGUGGAGGGGCCUGUGGGUUCCCGAGUGGAGCAGGCGGCUUUGGCAGUCGCAGCCUCUACAACCUGGGUGGCAACAAGAGCAUCUCCAGCAGCGUGGCUGGUGGCUUUGGGGGAGGGCGUAGUAGCUGUGGCAGUGGCUUUGGGGGUAGCUAUGGAGGGGGCUUUGGUGGUGGCUUUGGUGGUGGCUUUGGUGGUGGCAGAGGAAUGGGGGGUGGCUUUGGUGGGACUGGUGGCUUUAGAGGAGCUGGUGGCUUUGGAGGAGCUGGUGGCUUUGGGGGGCCUGGUGGCUUUGGUGGGCCUGGUGGAUUUGGCCCUGGUGGCUUCCCUGGGGGAAUCCAGGAAGUGAUUGUCAACCAGAGCCUCCUGCAGCCCCUCAAUGUGGAGAUCGACCCUCAGAUUGGGCAAGUCAAGGCCCAGGAGCGGGAGCAGAUCAAGACCCUCAACAACAAGUUCGCCUCCUUCAUUGAUAAGGUGCGGUUCCUGGAACAGCAAAACAAGGUCCUGGAAACCAAAUGGAAUUUGCUGCAGCAGCAGACCUCAGGCUCCGGCUCGGGCCCCAACAACCUGGAGCCUUUCUUUGAAUCUUACAUCAGCUUCCUGCGCAGACAGCUGGAUUUGGCUCUGGGGGAGAGGGGGAACCUGGAAGGAGAACUGAAGAACAUGGAGGGCCUGGUGGAAGACUUCAAAAAGAAGUAUGAAGAUGAGAUCAACAAACGCACUGCGGCGGAGAAUGAGUUUGUGGGACUUAAAAAGGACGUUGAUGCGGUCUACAUGAACAAGGUGGAGCUGCAAGCCAAGGCGGACGGCCUGACAGAUGAACUCAACUUCCUGAAGACCCUCUAUGAGAUGAGUCAUGUCAGUGACACAUCUGUGGUCCUCUCUAUGGACAACAACCGCUGCCUGGACCUGGACAGCAUCAUUGCCGAGGUCAAGGCCCAAUAUGAGGAGAUUGCUCAGAGGAGCAAGGCCGAGGCUGAGGCCUUGUACCAGACCAAGCUUGGGGAGCUGCAGACCACAGCUGGCAGGCAUGGGGAUGACCUGAAGAGCACCAAGAGUGAGAUCAUGGAGCUCAACAGGAUGAUCCAGAGGCUGCGGGCUGAGAUCGAGAAUGUCAAGAAGCAGAAUGCCAACCUUCAGGCGGCCAUUGCUGAUGCUGAGCAGCGUGGAGAGAUGGCCCUCAAAGAUGCCAAUGCCAAGCUUGAAAGCUUGAAGGCUGCCCUACAGAAGGCUAAGGAUGAUCUGGCCCGGCUGCUGCGUGACUACCAGGAGCUGAUGAACGUCAAGCUGGCCCUGGACGUGGAGAUUGCCACCUACAGGAAGCUGCUGGAGGGCGAGGAGUGCAGGCUGUCUGGAGAAUGUCAGACCUGUUCUCUAGCGGUGGUCAGCAAUGUCACCCACACAAGCAGCAGCUCGGGCGGAAGCCAUGGAGGCUUUGGAGGGGUCGGUGGCAGCAGCGGUGGCUACAAAGGCGGCAGCACCAGCAGAGACAGCAUUGGUGACUACAGAGGAGUAAAGGGUGGCAGCAGCAGUGGCUAUAGCGGCUUUAGCGGUGGCAGUACUGGAGGCCACCAGACCAGCGGCAGUACUGGAAUCUACCAGACCGGCGGCAGUACCGGCAGCUACCAGACUGGUGGCAGUGGCAGCAGGCUCAGCAGUGGAGGCAGCAGCUCUGUGAGUGGAAUUGGCUCCAACUCUGGCGGCAUCCAGUCCUCUGGAGGCAGUGGCUACAAGUCUGGCAGUGGAGGCAGCUCUGGUAUCCGCUUCUCCCAGACCACCAGCUCCAGCCAGCACAGCUCUAAGUGA